AUGGCGAGUGCGAGCCGGGCGCGGGCGCGCCUAGCGGGCUAUUUGCCGCCAUGCUGGGCCCUGUGCGUGGUCAUAGCGCGAACCCCGCGAUGGGCUUUUCAAGGCCGACGCUGCGGAAAUACUUCGCUGCAGAGGAACCUCCAGGAACUGGGAAGGAGGAUCUCCAUCGAGGUGAACCCCGACUCCUCAAAGAACGGCGGCACGGGCUCCGCGCUGCUGCGGAGCGCCGAGCGGCUGCCGCCCAAGAGCAGCAUCUUUGUGAACAUGGUGAAGACAGAAGUGGAUCACUUCAAAGAUGUGGCGGACACUACACGACUAUUGGCGGAUGAAGGAUACGAGCCCAUCCCUCACAUGCCGGUGAGUCGGCUGUCCACGGCGGAGGAGUUCCAUGGCACGCUAGACAUGUUGACGGAGGCGGGGGCGCGGCAGCUGCUGCUGGUGGGGGGCAACGACCUCCGGCAGCGCAACGCCCAGAACGAGCUGCGCUUCCGCAAUGUGUCAGCCUUGCUGAAGGCGGAGGCGAAAUCCAUGAAGGCGGCGGGGAUCCAGACAGUGGCGCUGGCGGGUCUGCCGGAUAGUCCCCCCUGGCCGGGCUGGGAUGAGAAGGUUGCCACGCGCGUGCUCCUGGAGAAAGUGCGGUUAGUCCUGGAAGCAGGACUGAAAGCGGAGGUCGCGUCCCAGUUCUGCUUCAACCCCCGUCAGCUGGUCCACUGGUUGCGGGAAACGGCCACUGCCCUGGAGGCCGAAGGUUUGCACGGCGUGACCUUCCGGGUGGGCGUGGCUGGCCCGACGCGCCUCAAAAGGCUGCGCCGAAUUGCAGAGAUUUGCGAGGUGCCCGCAGACUUCUUGCACCCCGGCAUGUUCGACUUGGCCCUAGGUGGCCAUGACCGAGUCGCUGCAGAGGGCUUGGAGGACGCAGGCUUGGGCCUCAGCCAAAGGGACCUCAGCCCCUUCGCGGGGGAGGACGGGUGCCUGGGACGGCCAGAGCUCGCGUGUGCGCUGGCAGAGGUGGAGGGCGGCUUUGAAGUCCCGGCGGAGCGAUCCCAGACCGGCAAUGGAUCUGGGCCCUCCGUCUUCGUUGAAUGCCAGGAAGACUCGGAGGAGGAGCUGGUCAUACCCAAGGACUUGUUGUAUGUCUUGGCUGCCUGCGACGGAAACCUCGCUGUGAACUUGUACCCCUUCGGCGGGCUGACACAAAGUUUGUCCAUGGCCAAAUCGCUGAGGGCCGGCGAGCCGUUGUGA